CUACGAGACUUGGCCACAUGUUAUCCACAAAACACUUCCACUUCCAUACAAUCUCUUUCUGAUAACACUUGAAAAACCAAACACUAUCCAUUCUUCUUCCAUAAUCUGACAUACAAAAACACAGCACACAGGAACAAAAAAAUCAAGAAAAUGUCAGUAGCAUCAUCAUCUACCUUCCCUUGCAUUAAAAUCCAAAACUACCCUUCUUCAUCUUCUAGUUCUUCUUGUUACACUUUGAGAUUUUGUACAACAAACCCCACAAUACUUACUAUAAGGAAUUCUCAAGCUGAAGGUCCAUUUAGAAGACCAGUUGCACCAUCACCACCUAAGCCUAAUAUCCAACCACCAUCCUCACCACCACCACCACCACCACCACCACCAAGUAGUACUACUAAUGUUCCACCUAAGAAUGUGGCUGUGACAACUUCUGAGGGUAAGAAUGUAAUUACCUUGGAAUUUCAAAGGCAAAAGGCUAAGGAACUUCAAGGUUACUUCAAACAAAAGAAACUUGAAGAAGCUAAUCAAGGCCCCUUCUUUGGUUUUAUUGCCAAGAAUGAAAUUUCCAAUGGCAGAUGGGCAAUGUUUGGUUUUGCUGUGGGGAUGCUAACAGAGUAUGCAACCGGUUCUGACUUUGUCGAUCAAGUAAAGAUCCUUCUCUCGAAUUUUGGGAUAGUAGACCUGGAAUGAGACUCUGCUGUAUAUGUAUCAUCAUGAGAGCUUAUAGAUUCUCUCCUCUGUAAUUUAAGUGAUAAAAAUCCAUCGUUUUUUUUUUUUUUUUAAAACUUGUCUGUCCAAUUUUUCAAGUUUAUUUGUUUGAGCCACUUAUAUUGGAGUACAAUUGUACUACCUUACAACUUCUUUUACUUUUGAUGAAUAUAGAAAGUUUGUAAUUUUUGCAUAA